CCCCAAGCCGUAUCAUUUAACUCUCGUGAGAGGGUUUAGGGUUUUGUUUCGUUUCUCCCAUCCCCACCACACCGCACCACAUCGGUCCACACCACACCACCCCUUCAGAUCACACCGCGGCGCCACCCUUCCUCCUCUUCCCAAAAAAUUUAAAAAAAGAAAAAAAGAAAAAGAAAAAGAGGAAGACUAUUUACAGAGAAGACGAAGAAGAAGAAGAAGAAGAAGAAGAAGAGGAAGAAAAGAGGAGGAGAUGGCGGCGGGCGGGGGGGCGCAGGCGGCGGCGUCGUUGCUGGCGAGCGUGGCGAAGGCGGCGGUGGGGAUCGGGGUGAGCGCGUCGGUGUUGGGGGCGUCGCUGUACACGGUGGACGGGGGGGAGCGCGCGGUGAUCUUCGACCGGUUCCGCGGCGUGCUGGAUCGGACGGUCGGGGAGGGCACCCACUUCCUGGUGCCGUGGCUGCAGAAGCCCUACAUCUUCGACAUCCGCACCCGCCCCCACACCUUCUCGUCCAACUCGGGCACGAAGGACCUGCAGAUGGUGAACCUGACCCUCCGCCUGCUGUCCCGCCCGGACGUGGAGCGCCUCCCGACCAUCUUCACGUCGCUGGGCACGGAGUACGACGAGAAGGUGCUGCCCUCCAUCGGCAACGAGGUCCUGAAGGCCGUCGUCGCGCAGUUCAACGCCGACCAGCUGCUCACCGAGCGGCCCCGCGUGUCGGCGCUCGUCCGCGACUCCCUCAUCCGCCGCGCCCGCGAGUUCAACAUCAUCCUCGACGACGUCGCCAUCACCCACCUCUCCUACGGCGCCGAGUUCUCCCUCGCCGUCGAGAAGAAGCAGGUCGCCCAGCAGGAGGCCGAGCGCUCCAAGUUCCUCGUCAUGCGCGCCGAGCAGGAGCGCCGCGCCGCCGUCAUCCGCGCCGAGGGCGAGAGCGAGUCCGCCAGGCUCAUCUCCGAGGCCACCGCCGCCGCCGGCCUCGGCCUCAUCGAGCUCAGGCGCAUCGAGGCCGCCAAGGAGAUCGCCGCCGCCCUCUCCAAGACCCCCAACGUCGCCUACGUCCCCUCCGGCGACGGCUCCCAGAUGCUCCUCGGCCUCAACCCCACCGCCCUCGGCCGGUGACCACCAGCAGAGCAGAUCAGAGCAGAGCAGGGCAGGGCCGUUCCGUAUCCUAAACCCUACAACUCUACUCUCUCUCUCUCUCUCUCGAGAAUUUUUAUCAAUAAUUUCGCAAUAUCCAGUUUCUGUCUACUUAUUAGUGAGUCCGUCCAUCCAUCUAGUUAAUAGUUUCGAUGCUGGUGUAGUGGAUCUUAUUAAAUUCAGCCGAGG